AUGGCGCCAGUUCCAGACUCAGAUACGCCGUCGCAGGCCGAUACCCCUAUGACAGACGCGAAUGAGGAGCCGGUCACCUCGGUGCCCGUGGAUAAUGCAGACGCGCCGAUGACGGACCAAACUAACGCGAUCCAGGAUUCGGACACGAACCCGAAUACCACAGCUAGCAGUGUUGCAGGCGACACAGUCCCAAUGGAUGGCCGGAAAAGACGAUCGGAAGCUUUUCACUUGAGAAAAAGUGUUUUGGGCAAGAAACAUGGUCGUCUGGAUGAAUCCAAGGAAGAGGACUCUAUCCGCCGAUUUCGCUAUCUACUGGGACUUACCGAUCUGUUCCGCCACUUCAUCGAGACUAAUCCGAACCCGCGCAUCAAAGAGAUCAUGGCUGAAAUAGACCGACAAAAUGCCGCCGAAGAGGCAAAAGCUAAGAAAGGAUCGUCCCGAUCAGGAGGUGCGGGUGGUGAAAGACGUCGCAGGACCGAACAAGAGGAAGAUGCAGAACUACUCAAGGACGAAAAGAGCGGGGCCGAGACCGGAACGGUCUUUCGGGAGUCUCCUCCCUUUGUCAACGGCGAAAUGCGUGAUUAUCAGAUCGCCGGUCUGAACUGGCUGGUUUCCCUACAUGAAAACGGAAUUUCGGGUAUCCUGGCAGACGAGAUGGGUCUGGGCAAGACUCUGCAGACCAUCUCCUUCCUGGGGUAUUUGAGACAUGUCUGCGAUAUUCCCGGUCCGCAUCUUGUUGCGGUUCCCAAAUCCACUCUCGAUAACUGGAAGCGCGAAUUCCAGAAGUGGACCCCCGAGGUUAAUGUCCUUGUCCUCCAGGGCGACAAGGAAGAGCGCCAUAAACUCAUCAACGAACGUCUCUUGGACGAAGAUUUUGAUGUGUGCAUCACAAGUUACGAAAUGGUUCUUCGCGAAAAGUCGCAUCUUAAGAAGUUUGCCUGGGAGUAUAUCAUCAUCGAUGAGGCUCACCGUAUCAAGAACGAAGAGUCCUCUCUUUCCCAGAUCAUCCGGGUUUUCCACUCUCGGAACAGACUGCUGAUUACUGGCACCCCGCUUCAGAACAACCUGCAUGAACUUUGGGCGCUUCUGAACUUCCUUCUGCCUGAUGUCUUUGGCGACUCGGAAGCCUUUGACCAGUGGUUUUCCAGUCAAGACUCCGACCAGGACACUGUUGUGCAACAACUUCACCGUGUCCUGCGACCCUUCCUGCUGCGACGUGUCAAGAGUGAUGUCGAGAAAAGCUUGCUCCCGAAGAAAGAGGUCAAUCUGUAUGUGCCCAUGUCAGAGAUGCAGGUGAAGUGGUACCAGAAGAUCCUUGAGAAGGAUAUCGACGCUGUGAAUGGUGCUGCCGGAAAGCGGGAAUCGAAGACCCGCCUGUUGAACAUUGUCAUGCAGCUUCGGAAAUGUUGCAACCACCCCUACCUCUUCGAGGGGGCUGAACCCGGCCCCCCUUAUACAACAGAUGAGCAUCUCGUGUACAAUGCGGGCAAGAUGGUCAUUCUUGAUAAACUUCUGAGCCGCAUGCAGAAGCAAGGCAGCCGUGUCCUUAUCUUCUCGCAAAUGAGCCGUGUCCUUGAUAUAUUGGAAGAUUACUGUGUGUUUAGGGAGUACAAUUACUGUCGUAUAGAUGGAACGACUGCCCACGAGGACCGCAUCGCUGCGAUUGACGACUACAACCGGCCUGGUUCGGACAAGUUCAUUUUCCUUCUCACAACCAGAGCAGGAGGGUUGGGUAUCAACCUGACAACCGCGGAUAUCGUUGUCCUUUACGACAGCGAUUGGAAUCCUCAGGCUGAUCUUCAGGCCAUGGAUCGCGCCCAUCGCAUUGGUCAGACGAAGCAGGUAGUGGUCUUCCGGUUUGUCACGGAAAAUGCAAUCGAAGAAAAGGUCCUGGAGCGGGCGGCCCAGAAGUUGAGAUUGGACCAACUCGUUAUCCAGCAAGGCCGUGCCCAACAGCAGACCAAAAAUGCUGCUUCCAAGGAAGAGCUCUUGGGAAUGAUUCAGCACGGAGCAGCCAAUGUUUUCAGCACACAAGGAUCGACGGGACCCCUUACUACCGAGAAGCAAAUUUCUGAAGAUGACAUCGAUGCGAUCCUGCGCAAGGGCGAGGAACGCACGGCGGAACUCAACAAGAAGUACGAAAAGCUGGGUAUCGAUGAUCUACAGAAGUUCAGUUCGGAAAAUGCGUACGAAUGGAACGGCAAAGACUUUACGGACCGCAAAAAAGACAUCGGCCUCACCUGGAUCAACCCGGCAAAGCGUGAGCGGAAAGAGCAAUUUUACUCCAUCGACAAGUACUAUCGCCAGGCCCUGGCGACUGGUGGAAGAACUGCUGAUCCCAAACCCAAGGUUCCUCGUGCGCCCAAGCAGGUUAAUGUUCAUGACUGGCAGUUCUUCCCUCCUGGCUUGCAGGAUCUUCAGGACAAGGAAACCGCGUACUUCCACAAGGAGAUUGGUUACAAAGUCCCACUUCCUGAAGGACCCGAAGAAGAGCUCAGUGAACGUGAGGCAGAACGGGAUUUGGAACAACAAGAGAUCGACAACGCCGUUCCCCUGACUGAGGAAGAGCAGGCCCUGAAAGCAAAGAUGUCCGAAGAAGGUUUCGCAACAUGGAACCGCCGUGACUUCCAACAGUUUAUCAAUGGUUCUGCCAAGUUUGGUCGCACUGACUACGAGGGUAUCGCGACCGAAGUGGACAGCAAAGACCCUGACGAAGUGGAAGCAUAUGCGCAAGUCUUCUGGAAGCGAUACACCGAGAUCCAAGACUACCCCAAGUAUCUUCGUGUCAUUGAGCAAGGGGAGGAGAAGCUGCGCAAGAUGAACCACCAGCGCAAGAUGCUUCGCAAGAAGAUGCAAAUGUAUCGUGUCCCUCUCCAGCAACUCAAGAUCAACUACACAGUGUCGACGACCAACAAGAAGGUGUAUACUGAAGAGGAAGACCGAUUCUUGCUGGUCAUGCUGGACAAGUAUGGAGUCGACGGGGAGGGACUUUAUGAGAAGAUCCGCGACGAGAUCCGCGAGUCCCCGCUCUUCCGUUUUGACUGGUUCUUCCUCAGCCGGACCCCUGUUGAGAUCGGACGUCGAUGCACGACAUUGCUGAACACUGUCGCCAAAGAAUUUGAGGCCCCUGAUGGAAAGGCAAACGGCGAGGCCGGCAAAGGCCGUGGACGCGACCGGGACGAUGACGAUGUUGAGAACGAUGAUGAUGGAGCGCCAGCGAAGAAGAAGAGCAAGAGCGGUGCCGUGAAUAAGCAGGUUAAAGCUGUGAAAGGUGGCAGUAAGGCCAACUCCACGUCGACAUCGCGGGCAGCCAGCGUGUCAUCGAACCCGGCGCCAAAGUCCAAGUCUCGGAAAAAGUGA